AAGGCCUGGUGGAGGCUACCAUUGAUUCGUGUCUUGCCUCUGCGUGUCUUGACGGGCAGAUAUUGACCUCCCCCGGGUGUAUAUCUAGCGAAACGCCCCCGUGGUUCCUGCCCGGUGGUCUAACCUGUGUUGUUAUUUUCCGCAGUCGACUUGACCCUCGCUCGGAACGUACGACUUGGUGUGGUACAACAAGGCAGCUAGCUAGCGGUGACAGCGGCACGUCGGAACGCAGCCCGCCCGCCCUGGAAUUCGUGUCUUACGGAUCGGUCGCGUUUUUGGUCCUACGUUCCUCGGCCAGCGUCAGUGUUGUGCUGGACAGUCAGCGAGUCGUACGGAAUACCAGCCCAGCUCUGUGUCUCUGUGUGUUAGCGCCCGCACGUACAACUUGGUUGGAAGGAAGCAAGCAGCGCUGUCAGAGGUACAGUAUCAUCAUGGAGAGGAGGACCACAGCGGCUUUCUCGACGUGUUUUCUACUAUGGACAUGCGGAAGGGUAGUGGGAAACUCCACCCCCACCCCCGUCACUCCCACCAGUUGUUACUACCAGGGGGUCAGGUACGAGCCGGGCGAAACCAUCUACGAGACGACGGGGUGUUUAGGGGGUGGCGCCAUGUGCGACGAAGAGGGGAAUCUGAUCCAGUGGGAUAAUUUUGGAUACAAAUGUUGUUUGUAUAAUGAAGAGUAUUACGAGGACGGCUCCACGUUUGAAGACGAACACGGGAACACGUGUCACUGCCGGGCCAGCGAGUCGGGCGAGCCUGUCCCUCCGAUCUGCGACACGACGACAGCCGAACCCCGCACGGAGAGGCCUCGGAGCCCCUCGGCUGUUUCCGGGUGCGACUACGACGGGACGCACUACGAGCCUGGGGAGACCAUCUAUGACGUGCACGGGUGCGACGGGUACGGCGCGUACUGCGACACGGAGGGAGGGGGCGUGGUGCACUGGGACAACGAGGGAUACGGAUGUUGUGUGUACGACGAGGAUUUCUACGAGGACGGGGAGACCUUCACCACGCCGGACGGGACGCAGUGCCACUGCGAGGUGGAAGACUUCAGCGAGCCCGUCCCCCCGCGCUGCAACUCCCCGACCCUCCCCCCGGGGGUGGUGGGCAGAACUUCAGCCCCCCAGAUCCCCCGGGCGGUGGCCCCCACCCCCACCCCCUUCCCUCUAGGGUGCGAGUACGAGGGGAGGUCGUACGCCGUGGGCGAAACCAUUAUGGACAUCCCGGGGUGUGAGGGACACGGGGCGUACUGCGACCAGGACGGCACCGUUAUACACUGGGAUAACUUCGGCUUCGGGUGUAAGUAUAAAACGUUUGGUUGA